AUGACCAACGCAAGAGAUCCACCGUCAGAGGACCAGGCAGGUGAUAUCAAACCACUUCAGCCGAUAUCUAACGUUAUCCGGCCAAUACCAUUUACUCCGGAUAAACCUUCGCUGUGGAUUGCUCAAAUUGAAGCGCAGUUUAAAAUAUUGGGCGUUGUGAAAGACUUGGACAAAUUUUAUCACGCGAUUUCCGUUCUUGACGCACGGUAUGCUGCUGAGGUAGAAGACAUAAUCGUUAAUCCGCCAACUUCUUCACCUUUCUUUACGCUGAAAAACGCAUUAAUUGCACGUUUUUCCAAAUCGAAAGAAGCCAAAUUACAGCAACUUCUAGAUGGAGAGGAGAUUGGCGACCGCACGCCAUCCCAAUUUUUACGCCAUUUGAAGUCUUUGGUACCAGGUGUCGACGAGGACGUGCUGAAAGCAAAAUGGCUUUCUGCUCUACCCAAAGACACGCGCGCAAUGUUAGCGUUGCAAACGAAUGCAACUUUAGAAAAUUUAGGUGUUAGUGCUGAUAAGCUUCAUGAGAUUUUGCAAAAUAGGCAAAUCUCAUCAUUGGCAGCCAGUCCCGUGCACUCAGACUUAACAAAGCAAAUCUCGGAUUUAACAAAGCAAGUAGCGGCUUUGACAACCGUUAUUAAUAAACGCGAAUCCAGAAAUAAGACACGACAGCACGCGAGGCUUAGGUCACGUAGUCAUUCUAAGUCCCGAAGCUCGAAUUCGAAUGGAUAUUGUACUACCAUGCAAAGUUUGGUAAAAAUGCGAAGCGUUGCAAAGAAGGAUGAAAAUAUCCGGGAAACUCCGCGGAGAAUCAUUAAUGGCGGAUAG